UUGCAGAGAUUUCUCCAGAUUAUUUCCGAUGUAGUAAGCAUAAUUGUCAACAUAUGCAAGUAAGACCACGUGGAACUGCGAUGGCGACGCUAAACUCGGGGCAUCCUGGUCACCAUGCCAGUAUUUUUCACGGUGAAAAUUAUUUUUGGGACCUUUUUUCCACACAUAUUUUACGUAUUAAUAUCGCACGCUUUGUCUUUGGGAGGAAAACACUGAAUGAUGUUGAGAAAUUAUUAAGUUAUGACUUUAUUUCAUUGUGAUUGCGUUGCGUUUGAUAGGAACGCCGCCCCCGCCAACAUGACCGCCACUUAAGCACGUCGGUUACGACACAAUUAGCCGGCUGCUACUGAGCGCUCGUUCCGCAAAGGAGCGUUGAUUAUGUCGUCACAACCGUCUAACCAAUAGGAGCGGAGUAGGCGUGACCUCUUGCCUGUAUUUAUACAUCCGCGCCGGCGUGUUAUGAGUCAUCGACGGAGUCAGUGAAACGCGUGUCCUCUGAUCACAUCGACUCUUUGAACGUCAGACCUACUUUUAAUCCAAGCAUCGCGUCUCCAACAGCCCGACGGGGAUUGAGAUGUUCCAUUUUAGGCUCGCCACAGCGCUCCAGGAGUUGUUUAACGCUAACCUUAAGAGUCUCUCUGCCGGGUGGCUCGCGAGCCGUCACCGGUUCUCGGGCGCCGCCUUCUCCUCCUGCGCCGGGCUCAAUAUCCUCCAUGGCGCCGGGUACCGGGGGGCGUUUCCGGCGGUGGCGACCUGCCACGUUCGUCCCUACUGCGUGAAGGCGGGGGGUGAACUGAGGCUGAACGAAGUGAAGAAGAAGGACGACUCCUUCGAAGCGGCUGCCGACAAGAGAAGAAAUGCCGGCAUCCUGCCUAGUCUGGAGGAUUUACUUUUCUACACAGUCGCAGAAGGUCAAGAAACGAUUCCAGCUCAUAAAUUCCUCACAGCUCUCAAAACUACAGGACUUCGCACGGGAGACCCCAGACUGAAAGAAUGCAUGGAAACACUCAAAGAAACCCUAAAGAACACUCCGGACGGCGUCACAUUGGACAGGCACCAAUUCAAGAAGUGUGUCCAGAGCAACAUUGUUCUGCUCACGCAGGCCUUCCGCAAGAAGUUCGUCAUCCCAGACUUCCAGUCCUUCACUUCCCACAUUGAUGAGUUACACGAGAGUGCCAAAUCGCUCUCUGAAGGGCAGGUUGCUGACUACAUUCCUCAACUUGCAAAAUUCAGUCCGGACCUGUGGGCUGUCUCUUUGUGUACGGUGGAUGGCCAGAGACACACAGUGGGCGACACCAAAAUCCCUUUCUGCCUGCAGUCGUGCGUCAAACCUCUGAAGUAUGCCGUCGCUGUACACGAUCACGGCACCGAAUAUGUGCACAGUUUCAUCGGCAAAGAGCCCAGCGGGCUGCGUUUUAACAAACUCUUUCUGGAUGAAGAUGAUAAGCCCCACAACCCGAUGGUGAAUGCUGGCGCUAUUGUUUGUACUUCACUGAUAAAGCAAGGUGAAGGCAACGCCGAAAAAUUUGAUUAUGUCAUGAACUUCUUGAAGAACAUGGCAGGAAACGAGUAUGUCGGUUUCAGCAAUGCCACAUUCCAGUCGGAGCGUGAAUCAGGAGACAGGAACUUCGCCAUCGGCUACUACUUGAAAGAAAAAAAGUGUUUUCCUGAGGGGACAGACAUGACAUCUGUAUUGGACCUCUACUUCCAGCUGUGCUCCAUUGAGGUGAACUGCGAAAGCGCCAGCGUGAUGGCCGCCACACUAGCGAACGGCGGCAUCUGUCCCAUCUCGGGCGAGCGCGUUCUCAGCCCCGAGGCUGUGAGAAACACCUUGAGCCUCAUGCAUUCCUGCGGAAUGUAUGAUUUCUCCGGACAGUUUGCCUUUCAUGUGGGUCUGCCGGCCAAGUCGGGCGUGUCAGGGGGCAUCCUGCUGGUGGUACCCAACGUGAUGGGUAUUAUGUGCUGGUCUCCACCUUUGGACAAACUGGGGAACUCGGUCAGAGGGAUUCAGUUCUGCACGGACCUGGUGGAACUUUUUAAUUUCCACAAUUACGACAACCUGAGGCACUUUGCAAAGAAGCACGAUCCUCGCCGAGAAGGAGGAGAACAGCGGCAAUUCUUCGGACCCAUGGACUAUGAGAGCCUCCAACAGGAGCUUGCUCUGAAAGCCCCCCUUUGGAAAAAAGUCUCACCCACCGAGUCUCAUCAGGAUACCUCCACCACUGUAGUCUAUAGGAUGGACAAUGUCAAUGAAUAAUACAUGCGUAUGUGUGUGAUCAUAUAGAUCAUGGCUCUGUUACCCUCAAAUAUUUAUGUCCAUUGGAGGACUAUUUAUUUCUUUUGAAGCAAUCACUGCUGUUUUUUAAUUGUGACGGGCUAUGUUACUCACUGUAUUUUUUUUCCUCCCGAGCCGCUAGCUGCCUUAGCGUGUACACAACCUUGUAAAUGAUUAUAAACCCUUUGUUACGGCCUGACUUGAAACCCAAAAGUGUGCGUGAGUGCGGUCAUGGCGGCUGUGGCUCAGUAAGGGGAGCAGCUCGUCGGUGGCUGCUUUGAACGGCUGAAUCGGGAGGCCUUUGUCAAGCACUUGGGGCACUGUGAUGGUGUAGCUAAAGCGCUAUAUAAAUGUAGUCCAUUUGCCAUUGAGCGUGUGUAGCUGUAGUGCAACCGGCUUCCACACCAGGGUGGGGCAAUUUAUGGCUGAGCAUUUAAAUUUAUCAAGAGUCCUGUAAAACAGAUUAGUGGAAUUGUGCAUUAAUUUAUUAAUUAUACUUUGUUAAUUAAAUAAAUCAUAGAGAAUGGGUGGAAAUAAUUGUAAUUAAAAUGCACUUCAUUCAAAUACACAAUCAGUUAGUACAAAUUUAAAUUACAAUAUUACAAAUCAUCCAAUGAAUUCAAUCCCAAGCUACUCACUAGCUUCGCUCGUGCUAAUGUAUUACCAUUAAAAAUAGAUGAACAGACUGUCGGUUUGCAAACAUGGCGUUUAUGUUUUUAACGAUGGGCGGCACGGUGGCUCAGCUGGUAAAGCGUUGGCCUCACAGUUAUGAGGACCCGUGUUCAAUCCCGGACCCGCCUGCGUGGAGUUUGCGUGUUCUCCCCGUGCCUACGUGGGUUUUCUCCGGGCACUCCGGUUUCCUCCCACAUCCCUAAAACAUGCAACAUUAAUUGGACACUCUAAAUUGCCCCUACGUGUGAUUGUGAGUGGCUGUUUGUCUCCAUGUGCCCUACGAUUGGCUGGCAACCAGUUCGGGGUGUGCCCCGCCUCUUGCCCGUUGAUAGCUGGGAUGGGCUCCAGCACUCCCCGUGACCCUCGUGAGGAUAAGCGGUGAAGAAAAUGGAUGGAUGGAUAUUUUUAAUGAUAUAUAAAAUGUACCAAGGGGCUAAAAAGGUGUGGUUUUUUUUUUUUUUUUUUUUUUUUUUUUUUCCCGGGUCACAUUGAUCCAACAAUAUUUUUACUGUAUCAACCAAACAAACGUAGCAGGAGGGUUCAGGCCGGCAUUGUAAUUUUUUUUGGGGCAAAUAUUGUAUUUGAAAGGAACACUUAAAUGCAUGUGCGUUUACGUGCGCCUUCAAGCGAGACUACUGCGUACACGAUGACCCGCGACAAUCAUGUUGUUGACAGUUCAGUAAGAAGAAAUUAAUGUGUAAUUAGUGACAUUAGCACGUUUUUAUAUUACCGCUAAGCACAGUAGUACCCAGGUAAAGUUCUCUUCAAGCUGCUUAACUCUGAUUUAAAAGGGGGCAUAUUAUGCAAAAUGUGACUUUUGAACUGACAGUUGGGUAUUAAUGUUCUUGCAUGUUGCACCGUACUUGGGCCGUCUGCUACAGUAGUGUUGACCAACCUUUACUGAGUCGAGGUUUGUAAUGUCAAACAUGUAUUUUACUUCAGUAAAGUUUUAAUAGCUCGUCACAGUUAACCCACGAUUCCACUUCGGCGUGUAAUAGAUGAGCAUUUAAAAUGUUGCGUUGCUGCCGUAGAAAGAGGAGUAAAGAUACGCGUUAUAUGUAAUAAAUAAUAAACAUUUUCCCGUCGCGGCACACUGGUUGCGAAUCUCUCGGCGCCGUUGAGUGGAAUUCGGUGGCUUGCUUAUGAAAUUCACUUGCUGCAUAAUUUAUCCUCUUUAAGGGAAGUAUUGGUUCUCAUUAUUUAGCUACAUGACUCUUAUUGUAUUGCCAGGAGUUAGUGUUCUCCUCAAGUGUGUGUAUACUGUAGUGUCAAGUGUCACAAUAGAGCUUUCAUUGCGCUCUACUGGAUCUGGGAAUCCUCGUAAGGGAACGGGAAUGUCAUUAGUGGCGCUGACUUCACUUAAAGGGGAAAUCCACUGGUUUGCAUUAACAGUGUAUCUAAUAGGUCACGUAAUAUGUACUCUAUUUUGACAAUAUGAUAUUAAAUCCUCUCAUUUAAUAGUGUUUUGAGAAGAUUUUUAUCGACAUUUACGAUUUUUCAGGGGCGCUGCCAUUUUCGCGAGUCACAUGACCUACGUGCGCGGAUGUGACGUGCUACGUGGCGCAACAAAGGCUCGAUUACACGGGACACCAUUUAUGCCCAGCGGUGAUUUCUCUGAUUUAUCCUCAUCUGAUAAAGAAAUAGCACUAUCGGUUGAUCGAGAAAGUGGAGGAAUACUUUCCAUACACAGCUGUGAGCUCCCCACGUAGGUCAUGUGACUCGCGAAAAUGGCAGCGCCGCUAAAAAUUCGUAAUUGUUGAUCAAAAUCUUCUCAAAACACUAUUAAAUGAGAGGAUUUUAACAUUACAUUGUCAAAAUAGAGUACAUAUGACAUGACCUAUUGGAUACAUUGUUCACGCAAACCAGUGGAUUUCCUCUAAGAGUCAAUAGCCGCUGCUGCCGCUGCUAUCGGACCGGGUCGGGGUUUUUUUUGCUGGUGCGUGACCGUUGAGAAAGUAUUUUUUUUUCGUGCAGUAUAAAAUGAUUCAAAAAGCUUCUGUGGACAAGUUUCAUUGGACUUGACUUGAGGACGUAUUCGGGGUGUGUUUUAUUAUUGUAAUUGCUUGUAUAUAAAUUGUUAGGUGUGGAAGUAAAUGAUGGGCUCAAAAUUUUAUGAGCUGCCUGUUAGCAAAGUUUCUUUUUAAUUUUCCCAAAGGCAUUCUUAAAAUUGAACGUAACUUGAAUGGAUCAGCAGAUGAACUACUGUACGUACUACUGUUGUCUUUCUCUCAUCGGCAUGACAAAAUCUCCACCUCAUUGCAUCCAAUCGGCAAUGAUGACUCAAAUGCAAAUCACUGUUACUGGCAAGAGGCUUCUCAAUUAUUAUAAUUAUUAUUAUUAUUAUUUUGCUUGUGGACUUGUCACUGUUAGCAUGCUCUUUUUUUUUUUUCUUCUAUAAUUUGUAUGAUGAAUGACAAUUAUGUAAAAUCACCUCAUGUUCAUGUAUGUCACUAAUUUGUGUUGAUUUGUUUCUGGGGAGAUUAUUCAAUGUGUGAACAUAUUAAGUGUGACGUUGGAAAUGUAAGUUUUUGUAAGUAAUGCUAUUUUUUUAAAAAGACUAAAUAAGAAAUUGACGAAUGAACCUUACAUUUCCAAAGUAAGCAUUUUUUUUUUUUUUUUGUCUUUGAAUUUGUUUUCUGUCCACAUACGUGUGUAACUGUACAUGACAUCUCCAUAAAAUACACAAUUGUAACUGUUCCAUCCCAUUUGUUUCUUUCACUGUGACAGCAUGUCUGUGGUGUUUUUGUAAAAGUCCAAUAAAGCACUCCUAGUUAUUCA